AUGGAAAUCACAGAAGGCAGGAUCCAUAAAGCCCGGUUGUUAGGCCGGAGUGCAGCGUCUGGUGUGCACAUGGUCAUCAAUUUUGCCGCCACCGGGGUAUGGGAGCUGAGGUACCACGAUCUUUUGCGAACGGAGUAUAGCAUAUCCGACCCACAGGGGCGAAAAGUGAACUGGGCGAUGGUUAGAGAGAGUGUGUGGAAGGAGAGUGGAAGGAGAGUGGAAGGAGAGUGGAAGGAGAGUGGAAGGAGAGUGGAAGGAGAGUGGAAGGAGAGUGGAAGGAGAGUGGAAGGAGAGUGGAAGGCGAGUGGAAGGAGAGUGGAAGGCGAGUGGAAGGCGAGUGGAAGGAGAGUGGAAGGAGAGUGGAAGGAGAGUGGAAGGAGAGUGGAAGGAGAGUGGAAGGAGAGUGGAAGGAGAGUGGAAGGAGAGUGGAAGAAGAGAGGAAAGAGAGAGCAAAUUGGAAAGCUGCAGGAGCCACCCAAGUCAUCCGGACACAUUCUAUAG